GGGCCGGCUUUGUGGAGCGCAGCGGAGGGAGCGCGCGGGUCGCGGGCGCCGAGCCGAACAAAGGAGCGGGGCGCCGCCGCCACCAUGCCCGCCAACGGCACGGCCGAGGCGGUGCAGAUCCAGUUCGGCCUGAUCAACUGCAGCAACAAGUACCUGACGGCCGAGGCGUUCGGGUUCAAGGUGAACGCGUCGGCCAGCAGCCUGAAGAAGAAGCAGAUCUGGACGCUGGAGCAGCCGCCCGACGAGGCGGGCAGUGCGGCCGUGUGCCUGCGCAGCCACCUGGGCCGCUACCUGGCGGCCGACAAGGAUGGCAACGUGACCUGCGAGCGCGAGACGCCCGGCGCCGACUGCCGCUUCCUGAUCGUGGCGCACGACGACGGCCGCUGGUCCCUGCAGUCCGAGGCGCACCGGCGCUACUUCGGCGGCACCGAGGACCGCCUGUCGUGCUUCGCGCAGAGCGUGUCGCCGGCCGAGAAGUGGAGCGUGCACAUCGCCAUGCACCCGCAGGUCAACAUCUACAGCCUGACCCGCAAGCGCUACGCGCACCUGAGCGCGCGGCCGGCCGAUGAGAUCGCCGUGGACCGCGACGUGCCCUGGGGGGUCGACUCGCUCAUCACGCUGGCCUUCCAGGACCAGCGCUACAGCGUGCAGACGGCCGACCACCGCUUCCUGCGCCACGACGGGCGCCUGGUGGCGCGCCCCGAGCCCGCCACCGGCUACACGCUCGAGUUCCGCUCCGGCAAGGUGGCCUUCCGCGACUGCGAGGGCCGCUACCUGGCGCCGUCGGGGCCCAGCGGCACGCUCAAGGCCGGCAAGGCCACCAAGGUGGGCAAGGACGAGCUCUUCGCCCUGGAGCAGAGCUGCGCCCAGGUCGUGCUGCAGGCGGCCAACGAGAGGAACGUGUCCACGCGCCAGGGGAUGGACCUGUCGGCCAAUCAGGACGAAGAGACCGACCAGGAGACCUUCCAGCUGGAGAUCGACCGCGACACCAAAAAGUGCGCCUUCCGCACCCACACGGGCAAGUACUGGACGCUGACGGCCACCGGGGGCGUGCAGUCCACCGCUUCCACCAAGAACGCCAGCUGCUACUUUGACAUCGAGUGGCGUGACCGGCGGAUCACGCUGCGUGCCUCCAAUGGCAAGUUCGUGACGGCCAAGAAGAAUGGGCAGCUGGCCGCGUCGGUGGAAACAGCAGGGGACUCCGAGCUCUUCCUCAUGAAGCUGAUCAACCGCCCCAUCAUUGUGCUCCGCGGGGAGCACGGCUUCAUCGGCUGCCGCAAGGUCACGGGCACCCUGGAUGCCAAUCGCUCCAGCUACGAUGUCUUCCAGCUGGAGUUCAACGACGGCGCCUACAACAUCAGAGACUCCACGGGCAAGUACUGGAUGGUUGGCAGCGACUCUUCCGUCACCAGCAGCAGCGACACCCCCGUAGACUUCUUCUUCGAGUUCUGCGACUACAACAAGGUGGCCAUCAAGGUGGGCGGGCGCUACCUAAAGGGGGACCACGCGGGGGUCCUGAAGGCCUGCGCCGAGGCCGUGGAGCCCGCCACGCUGUGGGAGUACUAGGCCCGCUGCCCACCCGGCCGCCCGGCCCCGCUCGCUCCCUGCCAGGUGGGCUCCCCGGGCGGCCGGGCGGGGUGGCCUGGGCCUCCGAGGGACCCCAGCUCCCUCUGUCCUCUCUUCUCUGCUGUGGGCGAGGCUGGCACCUCUUCUGACCUCAGACAGCUCUGAGCCUUAUUUCCCCCGAGUGGCCGAGGAGAAGCGGGGGGCCAUGAGGCCUCCCCGAGCCCCUGGGCGAGGCGGGGUGUGUAACUGGAAUCCCCCUGCCCCCUCCCGAGAGGCCCCCCCAACCCAGGAGCUGGGCACACGCCCUGGCCCACGGCCGCAGGGAAGCCACACAGGGUGGCCGGGACCUGGAGCAUGCCCGUCGCUGCCCUAUCCCCACAUGGCCCACGUGGUCCGGGGCCCUGCCUCUCUCUCCUUCACCCUGGCCUGACUGGAAGCAGAAAAUGACCAAAUCAGUAUUUUUUCUUAGUGGAACAUUACAGCUGAAGGCGCCCCUGGCAAGCCUGGGUGUAGCCCAGUGUGGUCUUCAAGGGGGCUUGUCGGGGGUCUCCAGAUGGCAUCUCUGGGCCUCGGUGCCCCCUCUACCCAAUAGGGGUGCGGCAGGUGGGUGCCUCCCUGAAUCGAGAACCUGCCCCCACCUCCCCAGGGAGCCCCCGUCCCUCUGCCCACCCCGGUCCCAGGCCUGUGUGCCCCCUGGUGGUGCUGGGCCCCCCGCCGCCUCAGCCGGAGCCCCCGGUGUGAUCGGUGCUCCUCGUCUGACUGGACUUCUCUGACUGGACUCCUGGGGUGGGAUGAAGCCGGGCCUCACCCUCUGGGCCCCCCCCGGGCCCCCAGUCCUGCCCCCGCCAGCUCCUCCUCCUCCCCGCCACCGCCAGGUCGUCUCUGCCAUGCAUCUCACUCUGGGUGUCCUGGUCUUUUAUUUUUUGUAAGUGUCAUUUGUAUAACUCUAAACGCCCAUGAUAGUAGCUUCAGACUGGAAAGAGCAAAAUAAAAUAACGCAAGUCUGCAGCC